AUGAAGGAGAUCGCCCUCCUGCCGGAGAGACUGCUGAGUAUGCCCAGCGUUGACCUGGUCAGCGCCUGGUAUGCCAGGAGCUUCCAAGACGUCAUCAAUUUGAAAAAGCAGGACAUCAACGAAGAAACACUUGACUCGUUCUGCACAGUGUUGUCGACGAUACGCGAUCGUCAUGCUGAUGUUGUGCAGACCAUGGCUCAGGGAGUUCUUGAACUGAAAGACAGGACGGACGCUAUCGAUCCACCAGUGGAAUUAUCGAUCCAGUACUUCUUGGAUCGACUCUACAUGUCCAGAAUAUCCAUAAGAAUGCUCAUAAAUCAACACACACUGCUCUUCGGUGGUGGCCGCCGCGAGGGCCGGCACAUAGGAUGCAUCGACCCGGUGUGCGACCCGGCGUCCGUGGUGCGAGAUGCGUACGAGAACGCGCGAUUCCUCUGCGAUCAGUACUAUCUGGCGGCACCAGAUUUGAAAUUAGUUGUGCACAAUGGUUGGUCCAUCAUAGCUAUCAUUCACCCGAUCAUCUACCCAUCUGAUGUAUAGAGACGAAUGAAGGCAAUAGAAGCAAAUAGUCAUAAACCACAACCCUUAUGGUAUUGAUGUCUACUUACGAUCAACUACAAGAACCCUAUCCAUGCUAAUGAUGAACA